AAAAAAAUUCCGUAUUUUUGUUUACAUGUCACUUCCGUAAAUUGCAUUUUAAUUCACUUAACUGCAUGUAAAACUCUUAUAAUCGGCAUAAAUUUGUAAAUUUCUCCCAUAUAUGAGAAAAAAUUGACCCCACUAUGGCUUGGUUAUCAGGCUUGACAGGCAAAGCUGAAAGCUUUUUGAACAGUCUUGAUCAGACGGCUGCCAAAGUUCUUCAUGAAAAGGAAGACCAAGCUAUCAACACUAAGCCUACAGGCAUUGCCAACAUACAAGGUCACACACCUUUCUUAAGUCAAAAAAGCAUCACUCCUACUCAGAGUGUCCCUGCAAAAUUGCAUGAUUACCAGGAAGCUGAAACUGCUAAGUUGAAAUUGGAUGCAUCAUCUGUGAAAAAGAAAGUGGACAAAGAUGAGGCGUUAUUUGAGUUCCUGAAUAGCCCAGAGCCAACUGAGCGCAGGAAGAGUACUCCAGCCAGCAGCCAGCGACAUUCCAGACAGUCAAGUUCAUCUUCUGUGAUAUCGAACAAGGGUGGGCGUGGUGGCGAUAAUGGAUCGUCCAUAUCAACUAGUGGCUCUUCCAUGGUUCAUGUGGAAAUGCCUGAAACAAUAAAUUCAGUUAGUGACCAUGAUGUUGGUGUUGCCAACCCAUUAAAAGAAAGCACCGACAGCAGGGACAGUCCCACAGAUAUGAACCUGGCUGCCCUGGAGGAUGCCAUGCAAGACCAGUCACCUAGCAACAGUGUCCAUAGCAACCAGGAGCUGGAAUCUCAUGACAAGGUCAUGUCGACUUCGUCCAUGGACCUCGAAAAUAGACUGUUGAAAAACGAGAUUGCCUCUCUUAAUCAGGAAAUGGCAUCACUGGUGCAGCGUGCCAAGGCAUCAGAGAAUGAGCUGGCCCUAAUGCGUGAGAAGUUAAUUGAACAGUCGCGGUCAUCAUCCCGGUCUGACCAGCUGGUGCGUGAGCUCCAGAACCGGGAGUCAGACCUGGAAGAGAGCCUGCGCGCGAAGGACACACAGCUGGGGGUGCUACGGGUGCGGCUGGAGGAGGCUGACAGAGAGAGGGAGACCAGGCAGAGGUCACUGGAGCAGCUUCAGUCAGAGAGAAACAGAAUCCUUCGGGAUCACAGUGACUCAAGUGGCAUUCACAGCCAGGCUCUUGACUCCAUGAGACAGAAACUCACGGAGGUGGAAAUGGCACUUCAAAGGGAACUGGAUGCCAAUAAAGCUUUCAAGGAAGAGGCAGUAGAAAGGCAGUCUAGGCUAGAAGAAGAGCAGAGAGGUUUCACAGAGGCCCUGGCCAAAGCUGAAAAGAAAUAUGCAGAUGAGAAAGGCAAGGUGUUGGAACUAAACAACCAGAUAAAGCAGCUGCGUUCCGGUCUGGAAGGUGCUAAGCAGGAGCUGUCUGAGUAUAAGGAGAAGGCCACGAGGAUACUGCAGUCCAAGGAGCGUCUGAUUGCUACACUUCGUGAGGGAUCGGGAGCAUCAGGAGAGGCCAGUGGGGUGUCCAGUCUGGAGUACGACACAGUGAAACAGGAGAGGGACAUGUUCAAGGAGGAGAUACAGCAGUCAAGAAUGACCAUUGAGAACCUUCGGGUGGAGCUAGCGGACCUAGAAGGUCAGCUGCAGCAGGAGGGUGAUACGGCCCAGGACACGAUUGCCUCCCUUGAAGAGAACAUAGGGGAAGAGAAACACAGGCGGGAGGACGCUGAACAGGAGCUCCUCAAAGUCAAGAAGGAGUUGCAGUAUUCCAUAGAGGAACUGAGUAGACAGAAGACAUCCUUCCAGUCACGCAUCAGUGAUAGGGAGACAGAGGUAGAGAGGUUACGGGGACAGCUUGCCACAAAGUCCAUGAGCUCUACAACAGAGUCUGAGCUGGAGUCUCGAGUCCGAGAGCUCACAGAGAGCCUCAUACAGAAACAGACCAUGGUGGAGGCACUGAGCACGGAGAAGAACUCUCUGGGACUGCAGCUCGAGAGACUCGGGCAACAGUACAAGGACAUCCAAGCGUCUGCUGUGCGGACCAACACCACGGUGAUACCUGUACAUGAGGAGGAGGAGGUCCGACACAGACUGCCUGUAUUCAUGAGGGAAGCACACAACGAUUCUGAGGUCACAAGGAAGAUGAAGAGAGCAGCCAACACUAUUGAUAAAUUCAGCAUUCGAUUGGGAAUUUUCCUUAGACGGUACCCAAUAGCAAGGGUGUUUGUAAUAUUGUACAUGAUCUUGCUACACCUGUGGGUGACCUUUGUUCUCCUCACCUACCAGCCUGAGAUGCAUUCUCUUGAUUCAAUUAUGCCGCAUGAGAUCAACCAGGGGAUUCAAAAGUGAUCAUCAUUACUUGUAUGAAACAUUGUCCACAUGAUUCAGUGAUGCCCUAAAGCUCCAACCAGCACCGUUUAGACAGAUCAUCUUUAUUUUUAUGAAAUGUUGUGUCAGAACUGAACAAUAACUGGAAGUUGCCUUCAAUUGAACUGGUGCACCUUGAUUUCUAUGUUUGUGAAAUGAACUACUUGACAGGUUGUGAUUUCCUUGUUGGCUUCAUAUCCCUUGCAAUUGAAGGUUCAAACUCUUACUACUGGUAAUAGUAAAUUGCAUCAGGCUUUAAAAAAAGGACUCGAAUUUGCUACAUGAUCUCUUACUAUUUUGACAUCAUGUUGUAUGAUGGUAACAAUGGUGCAAGUACAUUAAGUCUGGAUUGGAUGCAGUGUCUGAUUGUGGGUCCAAUCAAUGUUUGCAUGUACUUGAGGAUUGUAUUGAAUCAAUGAAGGUUAGACCUGUAUUGAACAUUUUGUAUUGUAAAAGCAGUUUACUGUUACAGAUCAAAAAUUUGCUUUUGAUUAUACAAAAUUUUGUAGUGUAAUUUAUCUCAUCCUCAUGCCCAGCAUUAUUAAAAACAACUUAAUUUAGUGAACUUAGUGUCAGGGACAAAACUGUAAGACGCGUAUAAGAUGUCAUAUGAUGUUCACCAUGUUUUUUGGCAACUGAAGCCAUUU